CCCUUGAUAUUUCUACUUCCGGGGCACACAGAAAAUAACUCGCCAGUUUGUCUAAAGCCGCUGUGAUAGAAAAGAAACACACGCAGACACGUUAACGAUGAGAUAAGGCACACUCGUGACUUCAGGUGACCUUGUCAAACUUCCUUGUUUGCUGCCUAAGCGCAUAUAUCUACGGAGAACCAUGACGGAGCCACGCAACCCAGGAAUGUCCUCUAUCCCUCAGGCAGCCCCAGUGCACACUGACUCCACCUCUCCGGCUGUAGAGAUGGACCCAGUGGAGUACACCCUUAGGAAGCGCCUCCCCCGGAAACUCCCAAAAAGACGGAACGACGUCUACGUCAACAUGAAGACUGAUUUCCGGGCUCAGCUGGCUCGCUGUCAGAAGCUGCUGGAAGGCGGGGGUCACAGGGAGAUCUGUGUUCACGGCCUGGGCCUGGCUAUCAACAGGGCUAUCAACAUUGCACUUCAGCUACAGGCCAGCAGCCAGGGGGUGCUGCAGCUGGCAGCCAACACCUCCACAGUGGAGCUCGUGGACGAUCUGGAGCCUGAAGAUCCUGAUGAAGCCGGGGAGCCCAUGACUCGUACACGCAACAACUCGGCCAUUCAUAUUAAGGUUUUCUACCCUGACCCACAGUGACCUGAAAAGAGGUGUGAGGAGUGUGAGUCCUGUUUGGUUUCUUAAAAACCAGUAGAGAACAUGUUUUUCUGGUGGGCCUAUGAUUACAGCACUAGAGGACUCGAAAAUGGAGCAGACAACAAACAGUGUGCAGGCUGUGUGUUUGUCAGUGAACAGUGUUGGAAUACUUUAAUUGGGACUUUAGUGAAUCUUUAGUUGACUAAAUAUACCUUGCUCUUUUGUCAUGUGUUUCGUCAGUUGCAAGUUGUUGUUCUUUUUUUACUUUGCAUGUCUUGAAGCAACCGUGUUGUUUGGCAGGUAAAACCUCAGUGAAAUUUAAGUAUUGUUCACAUGGCUGUGCCAAAUAAAUGUACAAGUGUCUUUAA